ACCAGGAAGUGCAGCGGCGUUGCCAUGGCGACCGUGGCACAGGCGGUGGCUCUGGCGCUGGUGGCCGCUCUCUGGGGUGCCUCCAGCCCGUUCCUCCGGUCGGCAGCGGCGGGCACCGAGCGGCCGCGGGGCCGGGGCCGCCUGCGGCAGCUCCUGACCGAGCUGCGCUUCCUCAUCCUCAGCCCCAAGUACCUGCUGCCCUUCCUGCUCAACCAGGCUGGAUCCCUCCUCUUCUACCUCACCUUGGCCUCCACAGACCUGUCCCUGGCAGUCCCACUCUGCAACUCCCUGGCUUUGAUUGUGACGUUGGUGACUGGGAAAAUCCUGGGAGAGGACAUCGGUGGGAAAAGAGCUGUGGCAGGAAUGCUGCUCACCAUCCUGGGAGUCUCCCUGUGCCUGGCUGGGUCCUGAGGGAGCAGCAGAACCUGACCCAAGGCGCCUCCCCUGAUGGCUCAUCCUUUUGGGAUGGCAAAAUCCAUGGAUCCCUGAGCUCCAGGGUGCAAGGACAGACAAUUCCGUGCCUUAAGGGAUUUUUGGUGGCUGUUUCGUGGUUAAAUUUGUCCUGUUCAGCACUUGGAGGGAUAAUAGAUGGUGAAUAAAUCAUCCAGUGUGACCUCCUGGCACUGAUGGGUUUUUGAUU